GACCUCCGAGAGGCCGGGGGCGGUCGAUCGAUCGGGCUGUCCAAAACUAACUUAGCGCCUAGUCUACUGUAUUCUGCCGGGCGGAAACGAGGUGUCGAACCACAGAAGAAAAUUAUUAUUGUCGGUGAAACAAGAAAGAGGCGUCGCAAGAAACGCAAUUUUGUUUCUUGUUCUGUUUCACUGUUUUAUUUACUCUUCCUUAUAGGAAACAGAGGUCGUCUACUUGUUUUCACUUGGAGGGAUAGCGGCUAUACUAGACGAAAGGGUCGAGAAGUCUGCAAAGAAGUUUUUUUUUGCCGGGUCCCCCAGCCCCGCCGUUAUCGAGACCCGUUUAUCUAGGCGGCGCGUGCGAAAAAAGGGAAAAAAAAAGUUAUUUACUCUUUCUUCAGUUUGCGGGACAUCAACAGGACACCAGUAGUGUGCAGCCAUGUCGAUGAUUACGGCCACCUCCUGGGUGCGGCGCGGAGUCGCUGCCCAGUUCCCGACCAAAUAUGAGAUCGACGAGGAGGAGAUUGGUCGGAUAUCGAAGCUCGCGAAGAUGCAGCUCGAGGAGGCCCAAGGUGACUUGAAGGCUGCGCAAGAGGAGGCUCAGGGUGAGGGUGCGACGGAGGGAAAGGAGACGGGGGAUGACGAUGUCAUGGAAGAUGAUGCGGAGAAGGAUGAGAAGUCGAAAAAAGAUCAUGACGAUGAUGAUGAUGACCUGAAGGAGUAUGAUCUCGAUCACUAUGACAGCGAUCCUGUGGAUGAGGACGGUGAGGAGAUCACAAUGUUCGGCAAUGUCAAGUCAUUGGCGUACCACAAGCCCCACGAGAAAGACCCUUACUUGGUUAUCCCAGAGGGCGAAGACGAGGAGGAGCGGGAGGAGCUGCAGAUUCUGCCUACGGAUAACUUGCUUCUGGCCGCCAAGGUGGAGGAUGAAGUGGCUCAUCUGGAGGUGUAUGUGUACGAGGACGAGGCCGACAAUCUCUACGUCCACCACGAUGUCAUGCUUCCUGCCAUCCCGCUCUGCGUUGAAUGGCUCGACUUUCCCGUUGGACGGGGCACGGAAGGCCGCAGCACAGGCAACUUCGUCGCUGUUGGAACGAUGGAGCCGGAUAUCGAGAUCUGGGAUCUUGACAUUGUCGACUGCAUGUACCCCAAUGCUAUUCUGGGCCAAGGUGGAUCGGAAAACAGUGAACUGAAGAAGCCCAAAAAGAAGAAGAAGACCAAGGCAAACGACGAGUUCCACGUUGAUUCCGUGCUGGCUCUGGCUGCCAACCGUCAGCACCGCAAUCUGCUGGCUUCCGCAUCGGCCGACAAGACCGUCAAGCUCUGGGACCUGAAUACGGCCAAGUGCGCCAAGUCGUACACCCACCACACGGACAAGGUCUGCGCACUUGACUGGCAUCCCCAGGAAUCGACUGUCCUUUUGAGCGGCAGUUACGACCGAACCAUUGUGGCUGCUGAUAUGCGAGCACCUGAGGCUCAGGGCGCACGAUGGGGAGUCGAGUCGGACGUCGAAACUGUGCGAUGGGACCUACACGACCCCAACUUCUUCUACGUCACAACGGACGGAGGAAUGGUUUACCGCUACGAUAUCCGAAACGCGCCUGCGACCCCUCAGCAGUCCAAGGCACAGUGGUCGCUCCAGGCACACGACUCGUCUGUGUCGUCAUUUGACAUCAACCCCACGAUUCCCGGAUUCCUCGUGACAGGAUCGACCGACAAGGAAGUCAAGCUUUGGAACGUUGAGAACAACAAGCCCAGCAUGGUGGUAUCGCGGAAACUGGACGUCGGCAAGGUCUUCUCGACCACGUUCGCGCCCGACCAGGAGGUGAGCUUCCGAUUGGCCGUGGCCGGCAGCAAGGGCACUGUCCAGAUCUGGGACACGUCGACCAACGGCGCGGUGCGUCGGGCGUUUGUGGGACGCAUGCCGUCCUUGGAGGGCGAGGUGAAGGAGCGGAUGAUCGGUCUCAACCAGGACGACAGCGAUUCCGACGACGACGAGGAACCCGCGGGGGAGGAUGCGGGACCGGGUGGAGAGCAGGACGGAUGGGAAUCAAUGGAAGAGGAUUAAAAAGAAUAUAUACAUAAAAAACAGAAAAAGGAAGGACACCAAAACCAAGAAAAAGGAAGGAAGGACAAACAAAAUGGGAUGGUUAACUAGCAUUUUGAGAUACCCGGUUCUGUUCGGUCAAAACACACAAAGUCUGUGGUUGUAGUAGUCAGUAUGGUGAGCCGUUGAAGAAGUCGUGGAUGAGUAAAUUUUCGCAUGGACAAAUAAUGGCAUAUAUGGUAUUUUACAUUUCAUCAUACUUUAGUUCAACAGAGCCAUCAUUUAUGAGUAGUAUAGGUAAAUAGGUAUCAUCUCUUUUAUCUGAGUUUCUUCCACAAUUCGUAUGAAAUACCUCAGAGUAGAUCUCUGGAAUCGUACUAGUAGUAGGGGAAAGAAAAAAAAAAGCCAAAUAUCAAGAAUCUCAUUCUCCUAUCGCGUGUCAUAUUAUAGGGAAUGGCUUA